AUGGAACAACAGAAUGACGAACGACUCGAAUCACUUUAUUCUAAAAUAAAUUCAAUCAAGAACGUUACCAUCGAUAUACAUUCCGACUCGUUAUCCCAAAACCGAUUGCUCAACCAAACCGGCGAACAAUUUGAUUCGUUUACAUCUCAAUUAUCCGAUUCAGCCAAUCGAUUCAGUCGGACGAUCUCCGCGGGCUCCUCGCAACGGAGAGUGAUCAUCUACAGUGUGGGCUCGGUGAUUGGUCUAUUUGUUCUCUACCGGCUGUUCAGAUGA